AUGCUCCUGCUUCGCGGGAAUGUUGAGACGAAUCCCGGGCCAGCCCUUACAGAGGAGCAGGCGCGAGUCGACGGCGGAGAAUGCAAGAAGCAGGACUUCGCGAGGCAGUGUCGACACCUCGCCGUCGACUGCCAGUCCCAAUGGGCACCACCAAGUUCGGCCGAGCAACCAGCUCAACCGGCUGCUAUUACAACUGCCGCCACGCCUCUUGCCGAGGUUACGGCACCCCUGGCGCCUAACUCAGCUACCCAGACAGGAGUUGCGCAGCGCUCAAACCGGAACCGAGGGGGGCGUGGUAGGGGCAGAGGAUUGGGUUCCUGGAGACAAGCGGGCAGCCGGAAGCAAGGGGCUGGCCGGAAAAGUGGGACGAGUAUCCUUGACGCAGCGCUAGUCGCGAGGCCCUCGGAAGGGCAUGGCAGUCGGCCGGGGUCCGAGGGGAAUGCUGACGCACAUGAUGGAGACAAUGCGGAAACACAAGGAAUUCCCGGAAGAGAGCAGAAUCCGGAGUGCGUCGAAGAGGAGACGGAGGAGCGAGCUCGGGAAAGGCACGUUGCUGACGCCCGUUGGAAUGCUGCAAUAAAGAAGGACGCCAAUCUGAAGCCGAAGAGCAAAAAGGACUACAUUCGAGGCCUAAAGACUUAUAAGCACUUCUGUAUCCAACACGGAUAUGGGCGAGACGAUGGAGAUUGGGCUCCCGCCAGAUCUGCGGCGGUCCUCAAAAAACUGGGCGGCAGUACGCUGCCGCUGUGGGCAUCAGGCCCUCGGAUUACGGUGGACAGGAUCUCCUUGGCUGUCGAUCUGGUCGAAAAGCUGAACGAUCAGGAUGAAAUGUCAAUUGGCAUCGUCCAGAACUUCUGCAAGGCACUGCAAUUCUACGCCAUCGUCCAGGACUUCCUUGAGGGUAUCCAUACCUCGAGCAUGGACGUGAGAGCCAUCCAUUCGAUGCAAGAGCUCCUGAAGUGUGCAGCUGGCAACACCGCCAACAAGAAGAUCCGGUGA